GACCAGUCAUCGUGAUUAUCAAGCUGGUGAAAUAGUAUCCAUCAGUUCACCAUUUGUACAUGUUCUCAGAAAAGAACUUAAAGGUAAAAAUUGUGAUUACUGUUUCGUUCGAUGUAAUGAAUUAGGAAAAUGUAGUCGAUGUAAGAAAAUGUAUUAUUGUGGAAAAGAUUGUCAGCAAAAAGAUUGGAUUCAGCAUAAAUUGGAAUGUAAAUUUUUUCAAAAAGAUUUCGAUCAAUUCAAAAUAACUGGAGAAACAGAUAAUCUAUUUUUUCGAUUUGUAUUGCGAUUAUAUCUGUACUUAAAACACAAUCCUGAAUGUCUUUACGAACGGCGUCAAUUUCUAAACGAUGAAAAUUCAGCUGUUUGUCUUGAUGAUAUUAUCAAACAGAAUUUUCCACCGAAAUUAGAUGAAAAUGAUUUUCAUUUUAUACAUAUGUUUCAUCAAUUCAAAUUACUAAAAAUAGAAUUCAAUUUUGUAAAAAUGUCGAAAUAUCAUAGUAUAUGUUACGAAUAUGGAUUGAAAAUUUUUGAUGAAGGAAUGCAAUAUUUAGGCAUUGGCCUCUAUAUUGCCGAAUCAAAAUUGAAACAUUCAUUUUCAUCGAACACUACAACAUCGUUCAAUGGUUCAAAACUGGUAAUGCGUGCAGCUAAACCGAUCAAAUCUGGUGAACAGAUUACCGUCAAUGUUGAAUUAUUAAAAAUAAAAAAAUCGCUCGAAUGGGAUAUAGAAUCGAAAAUGUUUCAUAAUUGUGAACAAUGUAUAUUGGUAAAUAGAGCUCAUUCAUAUGGAGAAUUGCUUAAAUUAGACUCUCAAAUGAAUCCAAUAAAUGUGUUGAACAAUUUGAACGAAAUGAAUAACAUUUGUGAAACAUUUUUUGGUUCUCACGUAUUUAACAAAUAUAAUCGCAAUUAA